UACAUGCAGCCACACACCUGAAGCUUUGGACCGAAGCAUGCGACCAGCCGGGCGCCUCAGGCUGAGGAUGUGGUUGGAGGAGCAGAUCCAGUCUGGGAAAUAUCCCGGAGUUCGCUGGCUGGACCAGUCAGAGAAAGUUUUCCAAAUCCCGUGGAAACACGCAGCUCGUCACAGCUGGAGUAUCGACCGAGACGCCACUCUCUUCAGGAGCUGGGCCAUGCACACAGGGCGAUACCAUCCAGACAAACACCGAGCGGAUCCAAAGACGUGGAAGGCCAACUUCCGCUGUGCCUUGAACUCUCUGCCUGACGUGUGUGAGCUGCGUGAACGCAGCAGGAAGAGCGGCAGCGACGCCUUCAGAGUCUAUAAGAUGCUUCCCAUCGCACACGCACGCAAGAAAGGGUCGGUGGGUCAGCAGGCCAAGAGCAGCAGCGAGCAUCAGCAGCGGCAACCAUGGCAACCUGCAAGCACCACUUCAUCCUGCACAGACGAUGCAUCUCCAAGCAUUCAAAGCCAAGACACGUGGGAGCAGGACCAAGACCAGGCUGGAUCCGAGCAGUUACUGGAACACUUUAGCAGUGCUGACCCGACCAGCGACCUGACUUGGGUUCAGCGAGGAUGGAGGUCACACCUACUCUGGGACAACUGGGACGCUCAGUCGCACGGGCCACAUCAAAGUUGGGGCUGCCAUCGAAGGGCCGCAUGUAUCAGUUCAUUUGAUGAUAACUUCGUCUCUUUCCACGAAGACAACUUCAGAGACCUCUGGGCUUCAAACUGCAGUAAAGAGACAUCAGACUGCUUCUUACAUCAGCAGACAUUAUUGCUUUAACAGCAUAAAGCUCAAUAAAACAACAACUGUG